CACAGUUUUCUUUGGUGACAAACCUUCAGCUCAUCAUGGUUUCUGUUAACUUAGCAGGCAUGACAGGAGCCAUUCUUGCACCAUUAUUACCUCAUGCUCUGGACAAAUUAAUCAGCUGUUUGGUGGAGUAUCUUUCCAGGGACGAGGCAUCAUCCUCUAGUGAAGUAGAUAAACAUCAACAACUGCAGAAUGAGCAGGAAGCCUUGGAAGAUGCCAAUAUCAAGCUCAAGAUUAUGCAAGAUGAAGUCAGGAAGUUGCAUAAACGAGAUAAAAAAAAUAUGAGGCUUAUCCAUAUCAACAACAAACUCAGAGAUGUGGGUUAUGAGAUUCAAGACUUGGAAGGUGAUUUGGAGUACAUGGAGCUGCAACGAAAGGUUGAGGAGAUCAACCUGCAGGAUGAAGCUGAUGACAAGAGACAAUCUAAAAAACCAAAACGCUUGUUUUGGUUUUCUUGGAUAACAGGACAAUCAAGCAACAAAAGACGUCGGCUUUCUUCAUCUGUGUCCACAGAUGAUAUAGUGAAUAGGAUGAGGACUAUUGUAAAACAAAUUAAUUGCAUUGACUCAGAGAUGACUACUGAAAUUAAGGUGGAUCAGUUGUUUCAACAAAUUGUCCUGAAUGGUGUUUAUGAUCCUUGGGGACAACAUCAAGUGAAAAAAAACCAUGGACGUGAGACGACAUCAUCAAUAAAGGAAAGGAAGAUAUAUGGUCGAGACUCGGAAAUUGAAAGGUUGACAGAGUUGCUGACAAAACCAACUAAGCUCAUUGGCAAUAUUUCUGUUGUAUCAAUUAGUGGGAUGGGUGGUAUUGGCAAAACUGCUCUGGCAGAAUUUGUCUUUAACAGCCAAGAAAUUAAAGAUCAUUUUGACAAAAGAGUAUGGAUAUGUGUUACAGACAACUAUGACAGAUUCAGAAUCAUCAAAGAAAUCAUAGAUUUACUUUCUAUGGAUGAUGACAUUAAAUUUCCACAUGAUACUACCAGUUUGGAUCUUCUUGAGACAAAACUUAAAAGAAGUCUAACAGGGAAAAAGUUUCUGCUGGUGCUAGAUGAUGUUUGGUCUGCUGAAUGGCAACAACUCCUUGACUCUCUUCGAUCUUCACAGGUUAAGAUUGUUAAAAUCUUGGUGACUUGUAGAAAUCCUAAAGCAUUAGGAAGUCAAGACAGAAAUUAUGGCAUUUCUUUGGAAGGUUUAUAUGAUGCAGAAUGCUGGUCAUUUUUUUUUAAUUGUGUCUUCGCAGAUGAGAAUUCUGAUAACUACCCGAAAAGACUACUUAGCAUCGGAUGGCAGAUAAUGAAAAAGCUGAAUGGGUCACCAUUAGCAGUGAAAACAGUGGGAAGAAUUUUAGGAUGCAGUUUGACUGAAAAGCAUUGGAAGGAUCUAUUAGAGAGUGAUUUGUGGAAAUUAGAAAAUGAUGAAAAUGAUAUUAUGUCUGUGCUUGCAUUAAGUUAUUAUCAUCUACCUCAGCAUCUUCAGUUGUGCAUUGCCUUUUGUUCGGUGUUUCCCAAAAAUUUUAGUUUUGACAAGUUAAGUGCUAUUGACAUGUGGAUAGCUCAUGGUUAUGUACAUGAAAAUGGAAGCAGUUCAAAGACAAUGAGAGAUAUCGGAAGAGAGUAUUAUGCUGAACUAGUAGCAAUGGGUUUCUUUAGCAAUAAUGUAUCUUUCAAAAUGCAUAAUUUAAUUCAUGAUUUGGUCCAUUCAAUUUCUCAUGGGGAAAUUUAUAUUUAUGAGGGUCGAAAAGAUGAAAAAAUCUCAAAAAAUGUCCGCCAUUUAUGUGCACGAAGUUUGUUUGAUCUUGGAUUGGUGUACAAAACUAAUAACUUGCGCACACUUGUGUUAUACAGAGCUGGUGACGUGUGUGCUUUUCUCAACCAUGGAGCGUUCAAAAGAAUCAGAGUGUUGGUCAUCUUAGAUACUAAUAUGGAAGAACUCCCCGAAACUAUUGUGAAUCUAAGAUACUUGCAAUAUCUAGAUUUGGAGAAAACCAAUAUCAAAUCAAUACCAGAAUCAAUAUGUGUGCUUUAUCAGUUGAGAGUGUUGAAAUUGCCACCUCUGUAUACCCACCCAAGUCUAUUUCAUAGCCUCAUAGAAUUUCGAGAGUGGAACUUAUUUAAAGCUGAUAAUGCAAUUUACUCCUCGCGGGGCUGGCCAAUAUUUUCUGUGAAAAGGGGAGGAAAUAACAUGAUCUCACAAUUGAGGAAUAUGAACGAACUAAGGGGAUCAAUUAUGAUUAAUGGCUUGGAGAACAUUGACACUGCAGAAGAAGGGAUGAAAGCCAAAUUGAAGGAAAAAUGUCACAUUGAUGUAUUAACUUUAAGUUGGAAAUAUACAGCGGAUGGUUGCAAGCAUGAUGUCCAAGAAGAAGUACUUGAAGGUUUUCAACCUCAUCCUAACUUAAAUUGUCUAUUCAUUGAAGGGUACAUGGGUUCCAAAUCGCCAAGCUGGCUUAUGAUAUUACAGAAGCUACAAACACUAUACUUAUUUGAAUGUAGAAACUGGGCACGUCUACCUGCAGCACUUGGGUUGUUACCCUCCCUUGUAGCACUGGGGUUAUCAGGCAUUAAUAACAUAACAAUUGAGGGUGAUGAUACUGUGACUCAAAUGUUUACUUCACUGGAAUUCCUUGAAUUGAAGAAAGCAACAGUUUCUUUCGAGGGCAUGUUGUUGUCAUCAUCAUCAUCUUUAACAACAGCAAGUUGCCGCAAGUUAUUUCCUCGUCUUCAGAGUCUGAUAGUGGAGAAAUGCAACGGAGUGAAUGGAUUACCCUGGAAAAUGCUUUCUUCAUUAAAAGCUCUCAAAAUAAAUGCUAGUCGUGGGCUCCAAGGUCAAGUGCCAGGAUGCCUCCAAAACCUAAAUUCUCUUACUUCAUUGAAAAUAAAAGGGUUAAAGAUUGAAAACACGAACAUGAGGGCACAACAGCAGCAGCUGGGGGGACUCGUACCAAAUUUACGAAAGCUUAACAUAGAAUGUUGUGAAAAUGUGGGAUUUCUACUUGAUGUAUUGCUUAGUAUUCCUUCACUAAAGAAAUUGACUAUUUCCAAAUGUGGUGGUCCAGUAAGUCUUUCUUCACUUUCACACUUGUCUUUCCUUACAUACAUUUCAUUACAAGAGGUGGAGAUAACAGUGGAUGACGUCACUCUAGUGUUUCCGUCUCUUCAAACUUUGAGAUUGAAAGAAGCAUCAAUGAUUUUCCAGAACAUGCCAUCAUCGUCGUCGUUGUCGGAAACAACACAAAAUCUAAACCACUUUCCCAUGCUUACCGACCUCACAAUUGCGUGUCGUGAAGUGAAUGGGUUACAUUGGCCCUUGUUUUCAACACUAAAGAGCCUAAAGAACAUAAAUAGUCCUGAACUGGAUGACCACUUGUUGCCAGGAUGUCUCAAUGCCUCCUCUGUUCUUACUUCUUUGCAACUGACUGGGGCAAAGAUUAAAACCUUUCAUGCAGAGUUGAUGGCGACACCGAAUGCACUUCGGUAUUUAUGUCUUGAAGAUUGUAAUGAGCUGAUAUCAGUGGAGGGUCUACAUGCCCUUCCCUCCCUGAUAUUUUUACGGAUCAUUAAUUGCCACCAAUUCAGAACCCUAUUUAUGGAGCAGAUCACAGAACAGGGUGUCUUUCUUCCAAAACUCUCUGACAUAUAUAUUGAGUCUUGUGAAAAUCUGGAAUCUCUGCCGGCUUGGGUGCCUCGUCUUCCUUUGCUCAUAUCAUUGAGUAUUACCAAGUGUCCCAAGUUCCAUUCAUUGCCGGAGGGCGGCCUCCCUUCCUCACUUCAAAGAUUGACGAUAAGAGAAUGUGACCCCAGCUUAAUGAAACAGUGCCAACAAGAGGGCUCUCCUGAUUGGUUAAUGAUUGAGCACAUCCCUGUACAAACUUAUAAAUGGAAUGAAAUUUAUUUGUGAGCAUUUUUGGAUUAAAUUCUGGCCAGUGAUUAUAGGCUGCAAGCCUACAAAGAGACCUCUCACAAUUUGUCUAUGGCAGUGAGUUGUUUUUGUUCGUUAAUGAAAACUAAAGUGUGAACAUGGUUGCCAUUAUUAUCGCUAAAUUACAUGCCCUUCUAGGCGCUCACCAGGGGGAGUAAUUGCAGAGGAGUUGAUCAUUUUAACGUUAUGAUAGGAAAACAAUCUGUCCUUUUUGUCAACUUUUGCUCAGUGGAAUUCAACAACUCAAAAGCAUAACUCUCUUACACUCAUGGUUUCAAAGUUACUUUCCACCCCACAAGAAGGAGACUUCAUUUUGAAAUAACCUGGUCAAUGGAAGUGAGGACAAGCAAAGUCAAAGUUUUCUCCAACAAAUGCUCAAUACUUGCGUCUCUUUAACAUGCUGCUUGGGCUUGAAUUUAUAGCAUCAAUUAUAUGACUGACACUCUUGAAAGAUUGGAGGCAAAUGUGAUUGCAUCACCACCACUCAUCUGAAGCAUUCAAGAUUUCAUUAAACAAACUGUGAAGAGAAAUGUGGAUGAAGCUUUUUUUUUUCCUUUUUGGUUGGAGAGCUAAUAACUGUUGUGUUAUUAAUAUCGAUUUACUCUUUCUCGAUUUCAAUGUUGCUGCAAAAGCAAAAUGUUAUAUGUUUUUGUUCCGACACAUUUUUUUAAUUAAUAAAAAUAGA